AUGUCGCCAACGAGCUGGAAAAGGGCAACCAAGAAGCAAGCACCGCGAACAACGAGAUUCAUGAUUCCCGCGCCCCGGUAUCGACGGAGCAUCCACCCGACUGCGUCAAACUCCCUGACCGAGUCAAACGCCGACAUAAUCUCGUCCGUGCUCCCUUCGCCUGAACAUGGUGGGAGACUGUUUAUAGAAUCUCCGACAUCGCAGUUCAGGGGAGCCGGCGUACACAUCUCAGCGCCAUCCAUGCUUCCCACCGUGGAACGAGAGACCAUUGACUUGACCUCCAACGGCGUCUGGCAAUGGAACACACGGACGCUGAGAACUGCCGGGAUUAUUGCCGUGGCUUCCCACAGGGGCGCCAUGCUAGACAUGGACAUAGAGUCAAAAGGGCACUCGCAGCCUGUCUCGCAGGGCAACGAGCUGACGAAGCGCAUCAAUUCUGAAGCAUUCCAGAUACUGAGGACACAUACGUUUGCUAUUUUAACACUCAAUGGCCGUGAAGCUGCGACCCUUAUCAGCAAAGAGUUCUGGCGCGCUCUGAGAGAGGCACAAAGCAUACCGGUGUAUUCAAAGCUCGAAGUCCUGCCUAUGUCAAAGGUGUGGGACGACCUCACAGCGGGCAAGAGGCAGCAAGUGGUACACAUGCUCCAGCAUGUUCCAUCAGUACCAACUAGGCUGGGAGCCAACCACCACGUCAUCGCCAGCAACGUCGAGCGAGAUUUUCCCUCGGCUCUAGGCUUGCGACAGCAUCCGUCCGUUGAUGAGCUCGUGGAUAGGAUGGCCGACCCGGAUGAUGCCCGCCUGCGAGAUAAUGCCAUGUCAUACUUUAUCAAGUACUUCGACUCUCAAGGAUAUGCUCCUCUCCAACCGGACCGCAUCAACAAGAGGAUACUUCCGGUCAAGGGGAAGGACAGUGUGCUAGUGCAACCCUCAUCGUGCUGCACCGAGAAGGUUGGCACCUCGCUUGGGUACAGCAUCCUGUGGAAGAGACUGCAUAGUCAUGCGUACAAAUUUGGUGAUCCCCCAUUUCCACCCAUACCGGAAUGCGUCGACAAGCUCGUCCUGGGUCAACGCCGUUCAUUAGACCGCCAGACAGCAGUGAUUAUGUUUGAGCACUCCACAAAUUGCCAAUGCGAGUUGAGCAAAAGUCAAGUCUCGGACUUGCGCAACACACCAUUAGUUCCCGUCGAAAGACGGAGGCAACCAUCAUCCCAGGAGGUCGAGAGCGGCCCUGCGGUCAUCCGUCACAUGUGCCCAGCCGAUUGUUACAGAGGCCCCUUGUCUGAUUACGCGCUCAUCUUCGACUACGUCCGCCGUUUCAAGUAUGUGGAAGAGGGGAACAGCUGGGUUGAAGUGUCGGGCAUUCUGCCAGAGACCAAGCUGUGGGAGGAGUGGAAGACGCGGGUUCUGGCGGAAGAUGGGAUCGAGCCGAAGAGGCUGUACAGCAUAAUCAUGGAUGCCAACUGGAAGACUGGUAAGGAAGCCGAACUGAAGGGCGAAGGAAGUGACAAGAAGGCCCCGGGCUUGUAG